CUUAACAUUGAAAACGAAGAAGAAGGAAUCAUCAUACACAACCACAACCGAACCGUGUGAGGCUCCAUUUUCUAGCUAACUGUGAACCCUCGCUGUUACACAGUUUAUAGUUUUAAAGACAUAUUUGUCUCUUUUCUUUUUUUGUUGGACUGAAUCAACGUCGUCUUCAAGAUGGGGGGAGGCGAUCUGAACUUGAAAAAGAGCUGGCAUCCCCAGACUAUGAAAAACAUCGAGCGUGUUUGGAAAGCUGAACAGAAAUAUGAGGCUGAACGCAAGAAGAUUGAGGAGCUUCAGAAGGAACUGAAAGAUGAAAGAGCUCGAGAAGAAAUGACAAAAUAUGCAGAGGACUCUGGUGCUAUCAAAAAGAAGGAUGAUCGUUUAGACUGGAUGUACCAGGGCCCUGCCGGCCAGGUCUCCAGGGAUGAGUAUCUGCUGGGUCGUCCCGUCGACAAGCAGAUCACUGACCAAUAUGAGGAGCCCGAGAGUGGUCCAUCAGCUGAGACUGGCCUCCUGCCAGGUUCCAUCUUUAACCCAUCCACCCCUGCCUCCAACCUCGAUUUGGCUGCCAAGAUAAGAGAAGAUCCCCUGUUUGAAAUUAGGAAACGUGAGGAAGAGAAGAAGAGAGAAGUCCUGAGUAAUCCUGUUAAAAUGAAGAGAAUUAAAGAAAUGCUGCGCAUGAAUCUCGACAAGAAGGACAAGAAAAAGAAGAGAAAGAAGGACAAAAAGGAGAAGAAAGGAGACAAAGACAGGAGAAAAGACAAAAAACACAAAAGAAGGAGUUCAAGCUCAAGCUCAGAGGAAGAGGAUGAGAAAAAAUACAGGUCGCACUCACGUGAUGAUUCUGCUGCAGACAAUAAAUCACGUUCCCAUCACAUCCCAGGCUAUGGCCUUCAGUUCCCCUCUGGCAGACAACACCAGUCCUCCACUCAAAACCAUCACUCAGGGCGUCGCGAGAGGAGCCGCUCCCGAUCACCUCACAGGAGCAACAGGGAAAAUCACUCUCACUCAUCGCACUCGCACAGAGAAGACGGGAAGACCGAGCCAAGAGCUUCAAGCCCACAGAAAGAACGUUACCAAAGACAGAGACAUCACGUGUCAAAGAAGCUUUCUGCAGAUGAGCUGGAGCGCAAAAGGAGGGAGAUGAUGGACCAGGCCAAGCAGAGGGAGGAGGACAGGGAGAAUAAUGUUAAGAGAUACAAGAAGCAAGAUGAGCAGGAAAAACAGCGGGAACAAAAUGUCAAGCAUGACCGUCAUGCUGGCUUCAUUCACAACAUGAAGCUGGAGAGCGCUGCCAGCUCUUCUGUAGAGGAUAGAGUGAAGAGGAACAUCCACUCUAUUCAGAGGACGGCAGCAUCGCUGGACAACUUCAUGAAGAGAUGAAGACACACCUUUCAUUGUACAGACACUCUAAAAUUAACUGACUGUAAAAGCUUGGCCUGACUGUUUUCUUAAGCAUUGAGUAUUGUCAUUGAUGGUUCCACUGCUACCCAUGGAUUUUAUUACAAAAAGCAGUUUUCAUGAUAGUAUAAUUUAUUUCAUAAAAAAGGUCUGCUAUGGCUGAUCUCUUCUAGUUGACCCUUUAAUGUUCACGUGAUCCAAACAUUUUACAAUAUAGAGUUAUGUUUUUUUUUCUUUACAGCAUAAGACCAGUUUUUACCUUCAACUUCUUUGUAAAAUAAUGUAUAUUUGGUACUUUGUAUAAACCUGUGUGAAGCAUCUGGAAUUAAACUUCUAGAGCUCCAUCA